CCAAUCAAACAGAGAGGACGUGAAAAGCUACGGCACAAGGCUAUGCCUUAACGUAGCUCCCAUGGUUUAUGCCAUCGUUAUCCCAGUGAAAGAUAAAAUUUGUUUUGGGGAAUUUAGUCUGGCUAUAGAAAACUAACAUCACAGUAUUGACACUUCUCACACUAAAGGGCAUCCAUCAUGGGUGAACCACAGCAGGUGAGCGCUCUGCCACCACCGCCCAUGCAGUACAUCAAGGAAUACACUGAUGACAACAUCCGCAAGGGCCUGGCGCCCAAGCCCCCGCCGCCGAUCCGCGACAGCUACAUGAUGUUCGGCAACCAGUUCCAGUGCGAUGACAUAAUCAUCCGUCCUCUGGAGAGCCAGGGGAUCGAGAGGCUCCACCCGAUGCAGUUCGACCACAAGCGAGAACUCAAGAAACUGAAUAUGUCCAUCCUGGUGAACUUCCUGGACCUUCUGGACAUCCUGAUUAAGAGCCCCGGCAGCAUCAAGCGUGAGGAGAAGCUGGAAGACCUGAAGCUGCUGUUCGUCCACAUGCACCACUUGAUCAACGAGUACCGUCCGCACCAGGCCCGCGAGACUGUGCGUGUCAUGAUGGAGGUCCAGAAGAGGCAGAGGCUGGAGACGGCCGAGAGGUUCCAGAAACAUCUGGAGAGGGUGGUGGAGAUGAUCCAAGGCUGCCUGGCAUCUCUGCCCGAUGACAUACCCCAGUCGGAGGGGCCGAGCGGGGCAGGAGAUGGUGCGAGGGCUGGGUCUGGAGGUACUGGGGUGGGGGGGUCUGCUGGGUUGGCGGCCAGACUGAAAACAGAACCCAUGGACGUUGAGGAGGUGGGGGCCAGCUGUAUGGCCACAGGGCAGCAGGACAAGAGCGUGCCUCCCACUAAGAGGGACAAAGAAUGGGACAAGGAUGCUGCAAUGUGCAGCAUUAUUGACGAGAUUGCCUGAGUUUUGCAUGUCGUUUUUGUUUGUGUGUUUUUUUUAUGCAAAUAAUUACUGAAUCUGGUAAAGCUUUUUGUUUUGUUGUGAAUAUUGUAGCUGUGCACGAAUAGCGUAUCCAGUUUGUUUAGUUUUUUUGCUAAGUAAGUAAGUGUGUGUGUGUGUGUGUGUGUGUGUGUGUGUGUGUGUGUGUGUGUGUGUGUGUGUGUGUGUGUGUGUGUGUGUGUGUGUGUGUGUGUGUGUGUGUGUGUGUGUGUGUGUGUGUGAACUUUCUUAGUCAAACAUUCACUUACACGUGUUAUUUCAUAACACUAGAAUUUGCAUGGAGUCCUGCCUCUGGAUUUAACACUUGGUAUUGGGUAAAAAAUUCCCAGAGCAUUCAGCUUUCCACUGUCAACUCAAUAAAGAUAUUUUCAAUUGGA